AUGCUGGACCUGCUACCAGAUGACAUCAUACUUAUUAUAUGCGAGCAGCUCUGCUGCCACUGCCAACAACCUAGCGUAUUUCCAGACGGUGGCAACUCUGAUACAAGCGCCGGCAAGCUCGCAUUGGCCCGUUUAUGUCGGACAUCGAAAAGAUGCUACAACCUAGCGCAGCCCGUCCUUUACCACUACUACGCCACAGGAAACAUCCCUCUCAAGUUUGACCUGGUUUCUUCGACAGUUUCUGCCGGCCGCAUCCAUGACGAUAAGCUUGUUCAGUUUCUGCGUACCAUCGGUCGACGGGAAGAUUUGGCUGGACAAGUCAAGGCAUUGCAGCUGGCGGGCUGCGCCCUGGGGAACGGGACCGAUAACACGGCGGUCGAAAACAUGCACUCUCUGCUGACUGAGUGCGAUCAUUCGCGCAACCCCAUCGUUGAAGCAAGGUUGCGGCUCAGUGGAAAUCCCUCGACAAGUGAGAUGCGGCGCUGGCUCAUGCAGGUCGCGAUCACACUUUGUGCAAACAUCGAGAUGCUAUAUAUUGCUCACACCGCACCGUCUCGGUUCUUUACAGAUACCAAAGUCACCCUCCCUCGCCUUUGGUCUCUGGCGAUUCGAGGAUACUCCGGCCAGUACUACUUUUCUGGAGUGGCGCGCCUCAUAGCAGCGGCUACAAACCUUCGGGACCUGUACCUUCUUGACUGCUCCUACUCCAUAGGUUGGACUCGCAUCGUCCAGUCGAGCACGGAAGUUGCAUUCUCUCGAUUAAUCCGAUUAGUCGUCACCAAUCUCGGAACGGAGGAACUUCGUGAUCUGUUGCGGCAAUGCCAUCAGCUUCAGCAUCUAGAGUACUAUCGACAGGGAAGUGCCAGCAUAUGGAAUGUUUCUGACAUCGUGCAAUCCUUUACACCAGUGAGGGAUACGCUCCGACGCUUGUACUUUUCCUGCCUUCCACUGGAUUCUGCCGAGAUAUCUAGGACCGAAAUCGAGGGAGCCCAGCCUGCAAUACCGCUGGGAAGAUACGUCGAGGAUGCAUUCACAGUCUCUCAUGACACAAGUGCUAUUCACCGACUCCGAGAAUUCACAAAGCUGGAGGAAUUAGGACUCGACCAGGUGUCUAUUUUUAGUCCAUCAAGUACGGAUCCAGAUUCUAGCCCCGGCCGCUUAUGCCAGCUUCUGCCACCAACGCUCCAGAAGCUGCGAGUGAUGUAUGUCUACAGGGGCAUGGCGAAUGACAUGUUGGCUCUGGUUCAGCAAGCGGCUUUUUGGUCCCCAUGUCUCAGGAAUGUCAGACUUGGAGAGGCUCUGACCAUUGCACCGUGGAGACAAGCGGGAAUGGAUGAAAUGAAGCGAGCUUGCGCGGACUUCUUGGUUAGGGGACCGCACUUGUCUGUGAGUUGGACAGUUGACAGGCCUGGCGCAGAUGCGCAUACGCGCAUUCCUGUUGCGACCUUGCACCAGCAAGAGCUGCUCUGUCCGGUAGAAUAA